UAGAACUUCUUCCGGGUCUCUGUGGAGAGUCUCAACCUGGGGCGGGAGUUUCUUUCCGCUUCCCUGUAACAUUAAAGGCUGCACCGACUUAAGGUGCUUGUGAGUUUGUGAUGAGUUCCCAGAAAGGCAACGUGGCUCGGUCCAGGCCUCAGAAGCACCAGAAUACGUUCACCUUCAAAAAUGACAAGUUCGAUAAGAGUGUUCAGACCAAGAAAAUUAAUGCCAAACUUCAUGAUGGAGUGUGUCAGCGCUGCAAAGAAGUUCUUGAGUGGCGUGUAAAAUACAGCAAGUACAAACCAUUGUCAAAGCCUAAGAAGUGUGUUAAAUGUUUACAAAAGACAGUCAAGGACUCUUACCACAUAAUGUGUAGACCCUGUGCCUGUGAACUUGAAGUUUGUGCAAAGUGUGGAAAGAAAGAAGACAUCGUUAUUCCGUUUAAUAGAGAACCAGAAACUUCAGCAAAUACUGAAAAUCAAGAUUCUAACCAUAGAAGAAGCUGCAAAGGGGAGGAGGACAGUGAUGAGGAUUUAGAUGAUGACACCCACUCGGAUGACGAGGAUGGAGACACUUAGGUGGCCUGAUGACAGCAUGGAGUCAGCCGCAGAGGGCUCAGCAGACACACUGACAUCCUCAUGUGGAUGUCAGAAAAGGCUGUUCAGAAUCGGUAGAACUGACCCAUGAGCAAUAUAAAUUAUUUAUAACAUUUGAAUAACAGAAACUUUCAGGUUUUUACAAUAAAACCUAAGCUGCAUAUACAGAAUAUGUGUGGAAACUUGUACUGUAGCAUAUUCUACAAUCUAUGGAAAUUGUUUUGAAAAAAAAUAUUAUCUAAUAUCAAGCUAUCCAGUGUUGAGAAUUGGUGAUUGUAUCAGAACUGUCUCUUGGAAAAUUAAGAUGAUUAGCUCACAGUGAGUACAUUUCCAUAGCCUGACCUCAGGUGUGUGGCUUCCUUAGUAAAAGCUCCCUUAUAGCUUACAAAGCAAAACCAUUUAUUUUUAUACAUGCACACACACACAAAAUCAUGAGUAGUGAUUUUCCUUCAAAAAUAUUUUUAUAUAUGUUAUCCCCUUUUUUUUUUUAACCUUUUCCCAGCGUGGAAAUAUGUACUCAGAAAAAAAAUGUGCGGACUAUAUAAUAUUAAUAACUAGAAAAGAAAAUCCAACAUUGAUACUUGAGUGGAGAUACUUGCAGUAUCAGAAGCUCCUGUGAUGUUCUCCCUCACAAGGUUAUCCUUCCCAGAAUUCCAUUGCUCUGCAUUAUCACUUUGCUGCCAGUGUUUCUGUGUGUAGGUGGUGUAGAUUAGCUUUGUGUGAUUACUGAGAUGUGUGUCCUUAUGUUUAAAAUCCGAAAGCUACCGAAAGGUAGCAAGGUAGGCAGUACAGUGAACUUUUCCACACUCUGUACUUUGAUUCCCAAUUUUAAUGUUUUACUAUGUUUUCUUUGUG